CAUUUGGGAUAUUAUUUUCUGAUCAGAGCCAAAAGAGUUAUCAGAAGGAUAUUAAAGAGGACGAUAAGAAGAAUAAUGAGUAUGAAUAUGCCAGAUGGUUUGCUAAACAUAGAAGAGUUGCC